GGUAACCUUCUAACACACACACACAAGCACACACUCACUCACUCUCUCGCACGGGAUCUCUCCGACCGGCCGCAUUCCUCCGCUCUCCCAUCCAAACCCCACGCGUUUUUUUGCGGGGGGGACACUUCUCUUUGGAUUUUAAUGCCUGAGUUAAUAAUUCAGCUGGCACUACUUUCGGGUAGUUUGCGGGUCUUUUCCUUCGGCGACGAGCGGCUGCGGUGCGGACUUCAGCACAUCGGCAAGCUGUGCUUAGGUGCCCUCUCCCAGCCCCUCUCUGGAUGCAUCAGACCCCUCCUCCCCGGGGCCCUGGACCCGGCUUGUGACUCCACCAGCCUCGCCCCGUUGCCCCUCUGUCUCCGGUCACCCUGCUCCACGUUUACCUCCACCUGUCCGUCCCGGGGCUCCUGCUCCGGGCCCCCUGCCCCUCGACCGGCGGGCAGAGGCAGGGGGCCAUGGCGCCGCGGUAGCCAGGCCCCUCGCAAUGAGCAGUGUGACCCCUUCGGAGAGCAGCAGGAUUCAGGGGUCAGACUUAGCCCCACUUCACUACAAGCCCUUCAGCUCGCAUGAACACUACCAGCAGGUGAUGGAUGCUCAUCGUAAGCUUCUGGAGAGCGGCUUUUACUUUGGGCCCAUUGGGGGUCUGGAGGCCAAAGCCUUGCUGAGCAAAGACGAACCUGGCACUUUCCUCAUCCGCGACUCGUCGGACCGCCGCUACUUCUUCACCCUGUCCGUGCAGACGGUUUAUGGAACCAAGAACCUCCGCAUCCACAGCGAGGAAGGCGGUUUCUUCCUUGAGAACGACUACCAAAACAAAGAGAAGGUGCCGCGGUUCGACUGCGUGCUGAAGCUCAUCACGUUCUACAUGGGGAGAGGAAGGGACGUGCAACUGACCGUGGAUGGGGCGAGCGAAGGAAGUAUGGAAACCAUUUACCUGAUGGACAGCCGUGGGAUAAAAACCCCGCUGGAGCUGCUGAAGCCCCUCAAGAUCAGCCCCUCGUCCCUGAAGCACAUAUGCAGGAGGGCGCUGAACCGAACGGGCCAAGGAGAGAUGCAGCAACUCCCGCAGACGCUCAGAGACUUCAUGGAGAAGUACGACGCAUCUAUCUGACUGAUGAGGAACAGCACAGAACGCUUCUCAGAGCUGAUGAGACUGAAAUGAGGUCACUGCGACCAGAAUCAGCCGAUCUCAGCACUUUUGAUUCCUAAUAAAUCGCUGUUUGGCUCCGUCUACCUUAACCCCCGGAUGCUGGAGUCGGGUUUGGGUAACCGGCGAUUACCUCGUCUAUCCUGCCUUAGGAGAACCUGACCACUACCGUUUGGGGUGGCAGAAGAAGCCAGAGGUCAAAGGUCAGCAUUUCCUAUGACUGACUCAGACGCAGAGCAGAGCCUCGUAGAAGAUUGUAAACAAUGGCGGUAUCACGCCGCCGCUGACGUCGGCGGGUUUUAACGCUCUUAAAGAAAGAACAUCCUAAUUUUUCCAACACUUUGGAUCACAGGACAGAGAGACGGGGAGGGAGCAAAUGAAGGAGGAAUAACAGAAAAAAGGCAAAGUCCAAACAAGAGAAGAGAGAGAGGGAGAGGGAGAGAUCCCGGCAUACAGUAUUUGUUUGUCUGAGUGUGUGCGUUGAGGUUGUGCACAUAUUUCCAUUCCCUUUUCCCGCAAAUGUUGCCACAUAGAGGGGAGUGGGCUGGCCAUGCACGCUAGCUCAACACACACUCUUGCAGGUACAAGCCCACAUGCCGGUUUUGUCUGCGUAGGACACAAAAAAAUUCAUUUCUUCUUCUGCUGUUUGUUUCUUAUUCCUCCUCCAUUUUUUUCUUUUUCUUUUUUUUUUCUUUUUUUUUUUUGAUGCAUGUGUGCUCUGACAGCGCCAGAAAACAGACCGCAGUCACCAAGACAAAAGCUUGUUAUUGCCACAAAAGCUCUUGUGAGGGACCAAACAAAAGAUGAAGAAGAAAUUAUUUUUAUCCAGACUGCAAAGAUGUAAAGAUUGCUGGAGACUGGCGGUAAUAAUCCCGGGGAUGGGGAAGGAAGAAGGGUGGGAAGACAGAGGAGGGGGGCAGAAGAGCGGGAAAUGGGAUUAGGGAAGGGGAAACUGAAGGAGGAGGAGACAUACUGGUAUACAGCUUGAUAAAAACACUGAUUAGAUUGAUGAUGCAGUCCAACAGGAUGUAGCUUGUGUAAAUAAGACAGCUCCAUCUUAGUCUCAAAUCAGUUCUUUUAGAGUAUUUUAUCUAGAAAUGCAACAAACUAACUUGUACUGGCUGAUACCAAUAUAUCCAAUUUGUUUGAGAGCCUGAUCUUCCAGUUUUUAGGUCUGUUAGACAAACACUUUUAUGUAAAUGUUUUAAUUCUGCAGCUAAAGGCUGCAUGAUGGAGGAAGUAGCAACAAACCCAAAGGAAAAUUAGGCAAUCAUGAGAUUUAUUAUUUUUUUUACUUUUUUUUUUUUUUAUGAAACUCAAAAUAAACUCCAUCAAAGGCGUGACUGUUGAUAUGCUUACACACUAAAAAUGUUAAUUUUUGAUGCAUUUAAAACCUACCGUAUUUUUCGGACUAAAAGACGCUACUUUGAACCAUGCAGCUUUUCUGCGAAUUUUUCUUCAACCACCAGGGGGCUCUUUAACAGGAAGUGAAUCCUCGGAAGUCAAACCCCCUAAUCAUGGAAACCACACGAAGAAGUUCAUCUGAUGCAGCUUUUAAGUUGAAGGCUGUCGAUCUGACAGUACAGAUCGACAGCCGCUGCAAGUAAACUCGGCGUGAACAACUCCACGGUUCGGCGUCCUCAAUAGCAGAUUUCUUAAGGACGCAGCUCUCUGCUGCUUCCUUGUGGAAAACUGAGAACGGUGGAGAUACCAACGGCUUAAAGCCUGGUGCGGCUUAUACGUUUCCAUUUAAAAAGAAAAAAUACGUUGUGGGUGCGGCUUGUAGUGAGUUCCGCUCUAUAGUCCGGAAAAUAUUGUACUUAAAAAACUGAGCACCUGUUGAUCAGCUGGAGAUCGGGAUUUGCUGAGUUUGAUUCCGAUUCUACUCAAUUGCAUUUAAAAAAAAAAAUGUCAGUGAUGACUUUAAUUAAACUCAGAAGUGCAUCAAAGUACAUGCUUAUAUAUUUUAUUUUUGUAGACAGAUGGACAUAUGCAUUUUGUGUGUAACAUUUUUCUUAACUUAUUUCCUUUUAAGCCUUUUGUGUUGGUUGCCUGCCCGCUCUCUCUCUUUCUCUUUCUCCUGGUCUUCCUGCGCCAUUCAUGAAGGAGUUAAGAGGAAACAUGCUGUUAUUUGAACUGUUUAUAACCUUUUUUCUUUGCCUCUGGAGAACAUCAAGGGAACUAAAUACUUCCCUUAGGAGAUUCUUUUAAAAAUGCCUUUUGUAAAACUAACUGCAAGACUCAGAUUUGACCCACAUCAUUAUCUUUUUGUUGUGUUUUUCUCGUGCUCAUACUCACCUGUAAUCCAUAUUGGAAUGGUAGCCUCUUCUUUUGUUUUUACAUCAUGAAACAGUGUGAGUUUAUGUAGCCACAGUGAUGCACACCUUUUGUAUUUAAUGGUCAGAUCUGGGUCUUACUGUCUUGCAUCAAACACCAAGUUCUUACAUGUUGUGCUGCAGCAGUAGACCGAGUGUAUGUGAAUCAUUUGUCUUUUAUAAAGACUCACUUGCAAAAGGCUGGCCACUAGUCUGGCAAAAUACAAGCUGUAAUAUCUGCAAUGUCAAAAGCAUUACAUAAUAAAUGAAACAGAAACGUUGCACAUAUUUAUAUUUCUAAGAUAUUUCAAUAAUUUAUAUUAAAGAGCACUAUUUUUACAAAAGCCAA